GUUACAUUGUUUACAAAAAACAGUAAUAAGUAAAUCACUAGUGCUUUCAGAAAUAUUUCGGCCACUAUUAGUUAAUAUUAUGAAAAGAUGUUUGUUAAGUUUAUGUGCUCACAACUUUCUACAAUCUCAACUCCACGAAAAUUCAAUAAUCUACUUCGUUAUCCAAACACUGCCUGGCUUCAACAGCGAAGGAUAAGUUAUCACAAUCCUCGUCGGCGCGGAGUACGCUUGGCUCUGGUUCAGUGGAUCAAUGGAUUGCGUUCUCGAUACUGCAUGUGGAAGCUGAAACGUUUGCUUGCACCCAACUUUGAUGAACUUGACUUUCUGUUUGGGGCACGUCAGGCGGCCACAAUAAUAAUCAAGGCAGUGCAUGAAUCAGACUGGAAUCGCAUUCGAAAUUGUUGUACGGAUCAAGGGAGCUGUGCCAUAUACAGUCUUUGCCAGAGUCAGCGGAGUAUACACUAUUCGAAACUGUUACGCUUUGAAAGCCAACAUCUCUGCCAGGUAUCGCCCACAUCGGUUAAGAAACAAUGUGAGGAUGGACGCAAUUUCGUCUAUGUGAACUUGGUCUUUGUCGGACUACGCAACAUGCGCGACUUUGCGACUCAAAGUGAGCAGGCCGAAAUGCUUCAGCUUAUGCGGCAACUUCUGGAGCAGUCUCAAAUUCCAGAUCACAAUUUGAUCAUCCAGCAGAGAAUAGUGUUAAGUCAAUUCGCAUUGACUCUGCGGAGGGAGUUGAAACAAUCUCAGCCUAAUCCUCAGGAAUGGCUUGUGGACUUUUAUAAGGUUUUCGGAUUCAAGUUGGUCAACUAUAGUCCCGUCACGUUGGAGUAUCGAAUCAUUGAGAUUGUAAAACCAGUUUAGCUUCAUUCCAAACGCACCUUGAUAAACUCUUGUCAAGCUCGCUGUUUGUUUUUUU